AUGAACACAAAAAUACUCCUCCCGAUUUGUGCUUUUUUGACACUUACAACGUUUUUAUUAACGAUUAUUGCCACCGCGGGUUCUACUUCGAACUAUAAACCACUAACAAACAUUUACAUCGGUGAUGCUGAUAUUUCAAAAAUUAAUGUUACCAAAGUCGUGCCACAAGUCGGCCCAGUUUUAACGGUUUUGGGUUCUGCUUUGACUGCUCCAAACACUACGGUAGAUACCAUCUUCGGUGCUCUUAAGGCAAUCGCCUCUACCGAAGUCUUGUCUCCUCUGUUGAACUUGUUAUCCCAUGCCACAGAUACCGCAACGACAUUGUCGUCUCUAACAAAAUUGGCUCCAAUGGCUUUAACAGGGACUAACGCUGGUACCACCGCAGCCUUUUCUGCCCUCGAUGAAUUAUUGACUACUUCUACAAAUACCACUGAACUUUUGGAUGGCUUUAGUACUUUGAUGUCAUCCAUGUCGAGCAAUAGUUCCUCUAGUUCGCUUGCUAUGGCAAACACUGUCUUAACUCUAUUAGCUGAUUCCACUGACCCGGUAGCCACCACUGAAUCUCUAAUUACUUUGAAUAAUAUGACUUCUGCCGAAAAAGUACAACUGUCCCCAGUAUUUGAAUUAUUCGAAACUUCUAAGAACACCACCGCUACAUUAGAAGCAUUAGGAACUAUUAUGAACUCCACUAUUCCAUCUACAAUGGUUUCUUCAUUGUUUACCAGUCUGGAAUCUGCACUUGCCAAGGGAAGCAAUGUCACUACCACAAUCACAUCUUUAGCUUCGCUUGUUCCUUCUAGUUUGCAUUCAGCUGUUCAAGCUGUCAUUACAUUAUUUGAUGAAACUACGUCUCAAAAUAGUACGUUGACGGUUUUGAGCACUAUGAUUUCCGAAAACAUCACCGAAUCACCUUCCGCUAAAACAGCUAUGGCUGCUUUGACUAGCUUAUUGGGUUACACUACAAACCAGACUGAGCUACUUUCAUCUGUUGCAAGUUUGGCUGUUUCCAAAGAGGCCGCUUCUUCCACGAAUCAAUUAGUGGCACUUGACGAAAUUCUCUCCAGCAGUGCUAACGCAUCAGCUGUUGUGUCCAUGGUUCCAGCUUUAGAAUCACAAUUGGCCAGUAACACCGCUUUGCUUCAGUACGUUCCAUAUCUGUUCAGUUUACUAUCUGCCUCCAGUGACCCAGCAUUGACUUUCUCAUCGUUGGUCAGCAUUACCAAAUGGGCUGAAAACAAUACUGCUACAUUUUUACCAAUAUUCAAAAUUUUGAAUUCCGCUGAAAGUGUGACUGCAAUCACUCCCGAACAAUUGAAGGAAUUGACUCCAUCUAUUCUUGAAUAUUUACACAUUCCUGUCGAUUAUCGUCUAUCUAUUUUCACAAUGUGCCGUGCUCACAGUAACAGAACAAUGUAUUCAUGUAGCAAAUCACAUGCCGUUCAAAACAUGGAUUUCAGAGGAAUUGUUUACGACAAUAUCAUUCAAUCAGACUUUAAGCCUUACCUGGAAGCUUUAAACGUUAGUAAAGCCGACUUACACCUGGACGGUGAAUUGCAAAAAAGAGAAUAUAUGUAUGUUCCUGCCGUUAGAGCUGCUUUAGCCAUGAACUUGAUGUGUAUCAUCACUGCUUUCUUCCUAAUGUUAUACUUUAUCCUAUUGAGUAGACGUCCUACAAUUAGCCAAAAACAAUGGUUAGUGUUGGGAUUUAUUUCCGGUUGGGAAUGUAUUUUCAGUGGUUUGGGUAGCGCUAUCUUUAGUGUUAUCGUUGGCAUUAUGAAAUCCGGUAGCAAAAAAGAUAACUACGAUGUUGUUAUCGCUGGAUCUUCUCCAUUCUUUGGUUUAAUGUGGUCUGGAUUUGUAUUUGCCGUCUUGGUAUUCCUCUAUAUCGCACACAGUUGGUGGAUGGGCAGAAGGCAAGUUGACCCCAUGGAAGCUGAAAUCAAUGUCCAAGAAAGCGACUCUACAUCAAGAAUCAUCCAAGAACAUGAAGGUGCUUCUGAUACUGAAAAGAACUUUGCCAAAUGA